AUGUCGUCACCCAUCACGCUCAAGAAUCCCUCGUUAUUCCAUAACCUUUCCUAUUCACAUGGGAGAUGGAUUGAAGCCUGUUCAAAAGCACGCUUCGAGGUCGAUGACCCAGGAACCGGAAAAGUAUUCACGACCUGUCCCGACCUCGCAGCAGAGGAUGCCAAUCCCAUUGUACAAUCCUCCUACGAGGCUUUCCAAACAUACAAGACUAUAAACCCCAGAACGCGCGCCCAGCUGCUGCUCAAAUGGCACCAGCUCAUCCGGGAUAACCGCGAUGAUAUCGCCACCAUCCUGACGCAUGAGACCGGAAAGCCGUUGAACGAGGCCUACUGUGAGAUCGACUAUGCUACCGGGUUUACCUGGUGGUUCGCUGCUGAGGCGGAGCGUAUCCGCGGGGAAGUUAGCACGCCUGCUGCGCCGAAUAGGAGGGUGUUGGUUAUCAAACAGCCUAUUGGUGUUUGUGUUGCGCUUGUUCCAUGGAAUUUUCCUAUUGCGAUGGUUCUCCGGAAGGUUGGAGCUGCGCUGGCGGCCGGCUGUACAAUGAUUGCCAAACCAUCCCCCGAGACUCCUCUAACGACUCUGGCCCUGGCGUACCUGGCAGAACAGGCAGGAUUUGCCCCUGGUAUUUUUAAUGUAAUCACUACCUCGAACAAAAACACACCGGCUCUCUCAGAGACCUUGUGUAAGCACCCGCUGGUCCACAAAGUCUCAUUCACAGGCUCCACAGCGGUGGGCAGCAUCAUCGCGCGACACUGCGCCGAAGGUAUCAAGAAGGUGACCCUGGAGCUGGGCGGCAACUGCCCCUUCAUCAUCUUCGAUGAUGCAGACCAGGAACAUGCGCUCGCUCAGCUCACAGCGCUCAAGUGGCGACAUGCCGGCCAGGCCUGUAUCACUGCCAACCGCAUUUACGUGCACGACAGGAUCUAUGAGCAGUUCCUAGCCAAGCUCGUUGAGCACGCUAAGAUGAUCAAGGUCGGUCAUGGACUGGAGCAGUCGAAUACCAUGGGGCCCCUGACUACUCCGCGAGGAGUCGACAAGGCCCGUCGUCAGGUCGAGGAUGCAGUCCAGCAUGGAGCGAAGAUUGCUCAUGGAGGUAAACCUCUGUCGGGCGCUGCGUUUGGUAGCGGUUACUACUUCGAGCCUACUAUUCUCCGCGAUGUAGAUUCGUCGAUGCAGGUGACGCAGGAAGAAAGCUUCGCGCCCAUUGCCGCGGUGUACAGGUUCAAGACCGAAGAUGAAGUCGUACAGCAGGCUAAUAAUACCGUCAUGGGUCUUGCGAGCUACGUGUUUACCACGGACGUGAAUCGCUCAUGGCGCAUGCUGGAGAAAUUGGAGGCGGGUAUGAUUGGGCUCAACACUGGGAACUCUUCUGCGGCGGAGUCGCCGUUUGGUGGGAUGAAGAUGUCUGGGUAUGGGAAGGAGUCUGGAAAAGAUGUGGCUGUUGCGGAGUAUUUGGUGUCAAAGACGUGUACCAUGACUGUAGAGGGGGCACUGCCUUGA